ACGGCUGCCGCGCUGACCGCAGGUGGACGUGAGCGCAGCCGUGGCGCAGGCCAUGGCGGCCAAGGAGGAGGUGGAGCUGCAGCUGAUGCGCAAGGCGGCCGCCAUCACCUCCGAGGUCUUCACCAAGUUCUUCAAGGAGCGCGUCAUGGAGAUCGUCGACGCCGACGAGAAGGUGCGGCACAGCAAGCUGGCCGAGGCGGUGGAGAAGGCCAUCGAGGAGAAGAAGUACCUGGCGGGCGCCGACCCCUCGGCCGUGGAGAUGUGCUACCCCCCCAUCAUCCAGAGCGGCGGCAACUACAACCUCAAGUUCAGCGUGGUCAGCGACAAGAGCCACAUGCACUUCGGGGCCAUCACCUGCUCCAUGGGCAUCCGCUACAAGUCCUACUGCUCCAACCUGGUGCGCACGCUGAUGGUGGACCCCAGCCAGGACAUGCAGGAGCACUACGGCUUCCUGCUGCAGCUGCAGGAGGUGCUGCUGCGCGAGCUGCGCCACGGCGCCAAGCUCUGCGACGUCUACGCCGCCGUCAUGGACGUGGUCAAGAAGCAGCGGCCGGAGCUGCUGGGCAAGAUCACCAAGAAUUUGGGGUUCGCCAUGGGCAUCGAGUUCCGCGAGGGCUCCCUGGUCAUCAACAGCAAGAACCAGCAGCGCCUCAAGAAGGGGAUGGUUUUCAGCGUCAACGUGGGGCUGUCGGAGCUGCCGGCACGGGACGGGAAGCGGCCGGAGGAGCGGACGUACGCGCUCUUCAUCGGCGACACCGUCAUGGUGGACGAGGACGGCCCGGCCGUGGUUCUCACCUCGGUGAAGAAGAAAGUGAAAAACGUCGGAAUUUUCCUCAAGAACGAGGAUGAGGACGAGGAGGAGCCGGACAAGGACGCGGCCGAGGAUCUCCUGGGCCGCAGCUCCCGCGCCGCCCUCCUGACCGAGCGCACACGGAACGAGCUGACGGCGGAGGAGAAGCGCCGGGCGCACCAGAAGGAGUUGGCGGCGCAGCUGAACGAGGACGCGCGGCGGCGCCUGACGGAGCAGCGCGGGGAGCAGCAGACGCAAAAGGCGCGGAAGUCCAACGUCUCCUACAAGAGCGCGGCGCUGCUGCCCAAGGAGCCGCACGUGCGGGAGAUGAAGAUCUACAUCGACAAGAAGUACGAGAGCGUCAUCAUGCCGGUCUUCGGCAUCGCCACGCCCUUCCACAUCGCCACCAUCAAGAACAUCAGCAUGUCGGUGGAGGGCGACUACACCUACCUGCGCAUCAACUUUUUCUGCCCGGGCAGCGCCCUGGGCCGCAACGAGGGCAACAUCUUCCCCAACCCCGAGGCCACCUUCGUCAAGGAGAUGUGGGUGUCCACC